AUGGCGGCAAGCAUAAACUUAGAGGGCUUUGAUGAUUUACUAGAGAACGCGUUAAAGAAAGUCGAUCACCGUUUCCAUUGUGAGAAACAGACACAAGAAGAAAAGCAGAAAUUUGAGAGUGCUGUUUUGGAAAAGCUUCCCGAGGAUUACCUUUACGAAGUCAAUGAAUGUUUAGGUACUGAAUCACAGUUUAAGUUGAAGGUAACUACAGAUAAUCUUUCGUCGGAUGAUUUAAAAGGAUGGCUUGCCGAAUUUCAAGCCCUCAACAAUGUAACUCUCAAAGUUAGAGCAAAGAAGAGAGAAACGAAGGGUUAUUCGACCCAGCAUUACUAUAGAUGCCAACAUGACACCAGACGCUGGAGUCCAAGUAAGGACCCCCAGAGGAAGCUGAAAUUGAAUCCAGCUGCCAGAGUGAAAAAUACUAACUGCCCAUUUCAAAUGGCUGUAAAGAUAGAUGCACAAAACAACUGUGUUAUUGAUAUUGAAUGGGAGCACAACCAUUCACUAUGUACUUUGGAGUCAUCAAAUUUUAAGGAAUUGUCUACAGCAAGCAUCGAAGAAAUUAAGGAGCUGUAUGAAGCAGGUGAAACCCCAUCUACUGCACGCCAGAUAUUCCUGAAGAAAUUCCGGUCUAGCUGCUCGAACGACCUGGACUAUCAUGUGAAGAAAGCAGAUCGCUCCAUGGUACCAAGGAGACGGGACUUUUGCUACAUGUAUCAGCAGUAUGGCAAGGAGAGAUUUGGUGGAAAGAAUGGUGAAAUGCUGGAUAAACUAUCUGCCAAGUUGGAUGAGUUCCACGAAGCUAACCCUGAUGCCUCGGUGGAAUAUCAACAGUAUGGUGGUGAUAAUACUCCAUUGAUAAUAGCCAUAGUGACGCCAUUGAUGAAACGCAUACAUAAGUGUGUUCCACAAAGUGGAGAACUCAUCUUUGUGGAUUCUACAUCAAACACUGAGGAGCAUAAUCUUAAGGUGUUCCUUCUUUGCACUGCUAAUGUUGCAGGUGCACUUCCUUGUGGCUUACUGAUAACCAGUGAUGAGAAAGAAAGCACAUUGAAACAUGGUAUGUAUAUAUACAGACCCAAAACCUAAUUUGUUUCCCCCACUUCACUCUGCCUUAAAUGCCAGAAUUAGCUUUAGGCGUAAAAAAAAUACCUGUGGUUCCGGUUUUAUAUCGCCAAAAAAUUAGGGUCGGUAGGUUGGAAAUAAUUUUUUUUGAAUAAUUUUUUCAUGUUUUGUUCAACAAUUAUAGUGUGACAACAGAUGCCAUUGGGCCAUUCCAUUUAAUGUAGCCCCCCCCCCCCUCCAUCCCUGAUAAUUGUUAAAUUUGUUUAUAAUAUAUGCUUGUAAAACACAAAGUUUAUAUCACUAGUGUUAAUAACAGUUAUCAACUAAUCUUGGUGAUUAUCCUACAGAGAAAAAGUAAACCCCACUCUGUAUAAAUAGGGGGGUGGGGGUGGCAGUGAUAUUUGUCAAAAAAUGCAAAAUUAUAAUGUUUAUUUCACCUAUUUAUUCAAAUAUUAAUACAAUUUAUAUAAUAAUUUUUGCAAAGUUGUGUACAGAUACUUAUGUAACUUCAACAAAGUGUCACAUACAAAGUCGAUAUUUCAAGUGAAAGUCACAUUCAUUCUUCGGUUCGAUCUCGGAAUGUCUUCGGUAUAUGACACUUUGUUGAGGUUAUAUGUAGUACACAACAUUGCAAAUCUCAAUAUUUUAAAUUUUUUUUAUUGUAUUAAUAAUUUUUACAUUGUAAUGUACAGCUAUUGCUCCUCAACUCCCAGUUUGUAUAAAAAGGUAAAAAAUAUUAGCAAGUUGUGAUACAGUAAACCUUAGAAUAUAAGCCCCCCUCCCGAAUGUAAGCCCCCUGUGUAUAAGCCCACCACAUGUACUAACGCCAUGUAUAAGCCCCCCCCCCUAUAUUAUCCCCCUUGUAUAAGCCCAUCAAAAAUUACGAAAGAAUAUAAGCCUAGGGCUUAUAGUUGGAGGUUUACGGUAAUGUAUACUGUAAUUUGAUGUGAUAUUUAUUCGAUCAAGGUAUCACAUUUGAUAGAUACUGUAUAUCUACAUGAUAUAUGUAUUUUACUUGAUCAAGUACUGAUGGAAACUAUAUUGUUGUACAUAAUUAUUGUAUGCUUACUAAAAAUGUUUUCUUUCAAGGUUUUUCCAUGUUAAAGCAAUGCUUACCAGAAGAUGCAUUUUAUGCUAAUGGUCCUGAGCAUGGUCCUGCUGUCAUUCUCACUGACAACUGCCAGGAAGAAAGAAGUGCUUUAAAGUCAGUUUGGUCAUCCACAAACAUGCUUUUGUGCACCUUUCACAUUCUGCAGCAAGUAUGGCGGUGGCUUUUGGAUAAGAAUCAUGCUAUCAGUCAAACAGACAGACCACCUAUUAUGAGUCUUUUUAAAAGGGCUGUUUUGGCAGAUACCGAAGAAUUAUUUGAGGAAUAUUACAAUGAACUCCUUGACGAGAUAGAGCCAUAUGAGAAUGCUUCUCUAUACUUUGAGGAACUAUAUUCUGACAGAGAAGCAUUUGCACAUUGUUAUCGUUCCAGUCUUCGCAUACGAGGAAAUCACACCAACAAUUUUGUUGAAGCACAAUUUCUUGUUCUGAAAGAUAUUAUUCUUAAAAGGACAAAAGAGUACAACAUUGUGGCCCUUCUUGAGCGACUCCUGGUGGAUUUGGAGGACCACUACAAGGAGAAACUGUUGUCGAUAGCAGAUGGUAGUUUUGAUGGUCAUUACAGAAGGCGAUUUAGUGGUAAGGGAAAGACAAAGAAAGAUGGUGGCCAAGGUUUUGUUCUUCCCACUGAAGAUGAGCAAUUGAGAUUCACAGAAACCGUAAAGAAAUUUCCGAAUGAUGUGUUUGAAGUUGAAAGUCUUUCAAAAGAAAAUGUCAGGUAUGGUUAAGUUCAGGUGACAUAAUGUAUUGAUUGAUUUAAAGUGGAAGUCAAGUCUGUAUGUAAACAAACGGUUUGUUUACAUUUUGAACUGCUGUAUUUUUUUAAAAUAUGAUGUACUGUCUGAAUAUCUAACACCGUUUUGGUCCGCUAUGCUUCUAAAAUCAAUAUGAAAGAGUUUAUGUUGAGAAAAAUUUGAAACAUUCGAAAUUUGGGCAAUGUUUACAUCAGAGGUCCUCACAUUGUUAUGAGCAGAACCGAUGUGCAGAACGGACUUGACUUCCACUUUAAGGUACUGUAGCUUGCUAUGGUUGUGACCUCACACAAACUUUUAGGCUUACAUAUGCCAGACGACUUUACUCGUCAAUAAGGCCUCCUGGUUACUUAACCCAUAAAACUACAAUGCACCUUGGUAUGCCCUACUUUGUUAUUUUACUCUGUCUAAUGCCAGGUUAUUUUAUUCGUCAAGAGGUGACUCUUGUACCUUCACCCAUUGACUGGCGUCACUCUGCACUUGACAAGUAAAAUAGUCUGGCAUUAGACAGAAUAAAAUACUAAAGUAGGGUGCAUCCACAGGCUUUAGGAGCAAUGCAAUUUGACAACAAUAGUAUUCUAUUUAAAUAGCAGUUAAAAGAAAGUGUACGGCACCUUAACUGUUCAAUAUCUUUCUUGAAAUAGCUUUUAAAUCCACAAAACAUUUACAUAUUUAUAUGCAAAUAUGUGUCAGAGCUGUAUAUUUUCAAAAUCUGCCAUAUUUAUUUACAUUAGAACCCAAGCUAUCGCCGUAAAAAUCACUCGAGUGAAACCGCGACCGCGAUAGCUUGGGUUCAUAGGCUUGGGUUCUAAUGUAAAUAAAUAUGGUGGAUUUUGAAAAUAUAUAGCUCUGGUACGUAUUUGCAUAUAAAUAUGUAAAUGUUUUGUAGAUUUAAAAGCUAUUUCAAGAAAGAUAUUGAACAGUUAAGGUGCCAUACACUUUAUUUUAACUGCUAUUUAAAUAGAAUACUAUUGUUGUCAAAUUGCAUUGCUCCUAAAGCCUGUGGCGCAUCAGGUUACAUUGCCACUUGAGAGGGUGCAUGGGAAGUUUGUUUGGUUAACCCAUUGAGUGGCAGCACUCAAAAUAAAAUACUCAGAAUAAAAUACUAAAGUAGGGGGCAUCAGGGUGCAUUGCCACGUUACAAGGUACAUUCUCUCAAAGAUUAAUAUAGUGUCAUCUUACUACAUUCUGUAGAUAUAGUGUGGAUAUGUUUCUUGGAGUGUGCAGCUGUUACCGAGGGAAGGAUGGUGCGCCUUGCAAGCACCAGUACCUCAUUUGGGCUGCAAAUAUUGCCACCUGUGUCAACUUUGUGCCAAUUUCUGACCCAGAUGAAAGGCAAAAGUUGGCAGCUAUUGAAUUGGCGGUUCAUUGCCGCUGUCCUACUAUACCUCAUUACGUGGACAGAGAAAUAAAACACAUGAUGAUGUAAAUGGUGGUGAUUCACAACAGCCUGCAGACCAUGCUGAUGGAAUUCCAAUGACCACUUCUCAAUUGAACUUGACCACACAUAGCCCUGAAGCAAGUGAUGGUGGAGACAAAGCAAAGUUGAUGGUGAGAAAUGCGGUUUCUUCAGUCGAGAAUGCAUGCACUGUUCUUACAGAAAUGCUACAAAGCAGUCAAGAUGCAAAACUUUGUGAAGCUGCCUUGCGAUUCUCAGAAAGAUUAACACAACUCACCAGUUCAAGUUUACCGAAUGGAAAACUGGCCUCAGCACUCUUUGAUUUUGGACAAAGUGAGCUUUGCAGGGGCAAGAAUGGUAAGAAGAUUAAAGUACAGCCAAAUAGAAAACGCAAGUCGGGAAAUUGCAGUCGUCAAGCAGUUGGCAAAGGAAGACCAGUGACACUUGAAGUGCCCAGGAAAAAAGCAAGGCAAAGUCAUGAUUUGGCACGUAGUGUUCGUGAAAACCGAAAUUGUUCAAAGAAGUCUGGAUCUCAUGUGAUGCAGUCGAAAACAAGAUAUGUAUCAAAAUAAAUGAUAAUCAAUCUGCACGCCUGUUGAUGUACAGUUAGUCAUGCAUCAUUGUACUUUUCCAGUCUGUAUUGUCAAUAGAACAUUUGUAUGAUGUAUUGUCACUUGUUUAACUACAACUACCAACAUUAUCUGCUGGUAUCUUUCUCAUUUACCCUGGAUCAUGCUGGUAACAUAUUCUCAUACAGUAGUUGCCGUUAGACAAGAGAAAAUGCAUCGUCAUGCAAGUGGCUCUGUAGAAACAGUUUUGAACUUUAUACAGUAUUCUAAUUUAUGUUAAUCCACUCUGUAAAUAUGUAGUUGAUACUUUAUGUAAAAUAACAAUUAGUUGACAUUUCAAGAAUAUACAAUAUACAUAACAUACAAGGUUUUUGAAGAUUUCUAGCCAAGAUUUAGAAUGAAUAUACACACUAGUUAACCUGAAAUUCUGCCCCAGAGUUGAAUUGUCUUUACACAAAGAAUGGAUGUUGCUUCCUAAGAUGGCGAUCCAAAUUGGUUUUUGUACUAAUUUGCAUUCCACAGACAUGGCAAGAAAGUUUCUCCCCAGAGUGAACAGAUAGAUGUCUGGUAAGAUUGCGCUUACUAGCAAAAACUUUUCCACAGUCCUCACAUUUGAAUGUUUUCAUAUGAACUUUAUCCAUGUGUUUUUUUAAUAAUGAUGAGUGGCUAAAUACUUGGUCACACUCACUGCAAUUGAUUGCAGCACAACCUUUGCUGUGAUAGCGAAAAUUUUUCUCUCGAUUAAAAUACUUAAGGCACUUCAUACACUGCCUUUUUUCUUCGGUUAGCCCAGUGUCGAGAUCUUCUCUUCUUCUUUGGGCUUCAUUUCUCCAUUCCUAAAGGAUGGAUACAUGUAGUUUAGUAUGUGGCUUGUUAUCGAUUAUUUAAAGGAGUACUUUAACCAUUAAUGCCCAAAACUUUGCCCUUGACGAGUAAAAUGGGUUAAUAGAAAUAUAUUUUAAUCUGAUACAAAACCAGAUUGAACAGCAUUCCACCUAAUGUAAUUCAGUUUUCUGGUAAAAUGUCAUGAUUUCGGCAGUCGGUGGGCAUUGUAUCUGAAUAUGUUAAAUUAUAAACCAUUCAAGGAAAAUGCACCAAUUUACUAUUUUUCUCUGUCAAAUGUCAGACAAGGUGGGUUUAUAAAAAGCACUGGCUCAGGGUUUCCAGAUUGCUGCAUAUAUAAGCCAAUCAUUGUUAUAAACCGUCCUUCAAUGUCUUUGUUUCGAACAAAGCAAACAAAGGUUUUGAUAAUAAUAUUUGGCUUAUUUAUUCAGCAAUCUGGCAACCCUGCACACCAGCUUGGAUACACCAGAAUGUAAUGCACCAGUCAAUGUAACCCCCCCCCCAAACCAGGGUGGGGUGGGGAUUUUAACUUAGAGGGGUAGUAAUAGAGCGAAAUUGUCUCCACCCCCGGGACAUGUUCCCACAUGUCUCUCGAUCCAAGAGAAAUAGUUAUGUUAACCACUGAAUCCAUUACCCCGUUUUCGUCCCCACAUUGUUUACCAAGAGAAAAUGUCGUCCAAGUCCCCCAUCAUCUGGGACAUAUUUACAAUCAAAAUUUCCCACUUUGCCCACUAAAUCCCCCUCCCCGGUUGGGGGGGGGGGGGGUUAUAUUGACAUAACCUUGGAGACUACUUCAUGUACAUGCCUCUUAUUCUGUUCUGGGUUAUGUGUUAGCUUUCAGGACAGGAUUCCAUGAAGUAUGUGGGCUUAGGCAUAUGUGAAGUACUUGCCAUUACAUAACCUUCAACACAUGUCCACAUGACUAUUUGUAGAAG